UUCAUCUUGUGCACGCUUGCACGCAGUGAUAAGAACGUCUACAUUCAUCGAGUACUUCAUUCUCAGCUGAGGAGCAUGCUGUUUUAUCAUGUAAAGGAAGUGUUGUUAAAAUUUUACCAAGAUGAUAUCGCUCGUGUUGUUGCUGCUGCCGUGCUGGUUGCUGCACUGAUCAGCACACUGUAUCUCAGUUCUAUCAUCGGUCUGACGAUACUGCUGUUCUUCAUCAAUGGCUGUGCCGCGGCAGUAUUUGUACUAAACCAUAAGGACACGUUCGGGAGAUACAUACAGAAGGCAAAAGAUUUCUUUGGCUUCAAGGAUUACGAUGGAUCCAAUCAGCACGAGUGCGACGUCUGUGGCAAUGACCGUUGUCCGCGGCAUAACCGCAACGUGCUGGUUCCGAAACCAUCGCAAGGAUUUUUGAUCGAUCGUCCACUAGACGAGGCCAUCGAUAGGUUUUUUACGCACAUACUGGACAAUUUUAUUCGCAGCUGGUACAACCAGGUAACACCGGACGAAGAGUUCCUGUAUCACCUGAAAUCCACCCUCCGGGAUGCACUUUGUCGGCUAGUGCUUAGAGCGAAGGAAAUCGAUGCACCGGGAGUGAUAAUGAAUCGGUUGCUUCCGACCGUCUUCAUACACUACGAAAUCAUUGCCAAAAUGCUACUCGUGGAUCACGUUCCAAUGGACAAAUUGGCCAAAACGUUCGUCAUAGAUGAGUACCCGAUCCAUCCGGCAGUUUUGAACCGCGGGGCAGAGUUGAACUAUUUGCGCGGUGUAGCCAAAGUGCUUAUACCUAGGCUUUUUACGGCGGAGAAUACGAGUUGCAAGAUUUUCUUUAACCUUAUCAAAGAGUUGCUGACAUUCUGGGUGCUGUUACCAAUAAUGGAUGUUAUCGCCGAUCCGAAUCUGAUAAAUUUACUCAUCAUAAUUGCCACUGAUAAGCGCGUGAAGGACGCGUCCCGUAAAGCGACGGAUGGGGCUAAAGAACAAGGCCACGAAAAGGUAGAAAUUUUGGGCGAUUUUGUUGGUCGCAGUUUACGAAAGAUUGAGUGCGGCGUGGAGAUAAGUGUCGCGCAAGAGAUUCUAUGGGAAGAUAAGGACAAGCUGUAUUAUUUUAUGCAGUUUCUGAUCAAGGAAGGUUCGGUAGAGCUGUUGCAGUUUUAUUUGGAUGUUGAUAACUUAAACAGAGAGCUAGAGGAUCCCCACAUCACUACGGACCCCACGAAAUUGUCUUCAUUGCACCAGCAGUCAGAAAAAUUGUUUCUCAAAUAUCAGUCUAUGGUGAAAUCGACCGGCAGUCUACUUGGCAGUGAAGAUACAACCUCGGUCAGUACACUCACGGAAGCACACGAUCGUGUGCGGUUGAAGCUGGAAGAGAAAUGGUUCAAACAAUUCAGCAAAACGUCCGAAUACUUUACCUUGGUUUACGGAGGACGGGAAAUACGCGAACCAUAUGAUAAACGAGGAAGCGAUGGAAUCAGUGGGACCAGUACAAAAUUUAGCUCCAAGUUCAAGGAAGUCAUCCGAGGCGCCGUUGACGGUGCACCCAUCGAAGCCACCGAGUCACCUACGGUUUGGGACGCGUUGAACGAUGUCCAUCCGAGCAACAAUAUUUACAAUUCUGUGACGCAAAAGCUUCGCAAAGAGAAGGGCCAAAGUUUGGAUGUUUUUAUGACUACUUUUAUGCAUUCCAUCGAGCAAAGUCCUGACAUUGGAGAGGACGUUGUGUUGGAGAAGGAACCGAUUAAGAAGAGAAGCAAAAUUCCCGGCCAAAGCAUCGUAUUCGGAGAUUUGUUCGAGCUGAAAAAGGCUUCCAAAAAUACUCACACUACAACACUACUGUCACACAGCGUACGUGGCCCAUCGCAAUGCUUCGUUUAUAUUCUGGUCAAAGUACUCAACGCGCCUUUCAUAAUCGUCCGUUUGGCGCUGGCAUUUUGCUGCGUAUCCCGCAAAUCCGUCGACACGCUAAUCAAUUCCCUCACUGCGAAGCUGAUACGGGCAGGGCUAAAAGAGAGUCGAUUGGCUUUCCUCAUUAAUCUGCUACGCGAGCACGUAUUUCUCCGGAAGCAGCCGGAACCCACUCCGGCAAUGCUAUUGAAACGACAGCAAGAGGCUCGAAAGCGGCUGGAAGACCUACGCCGGGGACUGGGCAAUGUAGCCGAUGUGUUGCAGUCACCGGUGCUGAACAAGCAUCUAAUGUAUUGCCUAUUUGAUAUUCUGCUAGCGGAGAUGUACCCGGAGUUUGACGAAUCUCCGAGUGGUUAGGAUUAGUUGUGGUAAAUCAACGUAUGAGGCUCUCUGGCAGUA